UCAAGACAUUGAAUGACUGCGCCCAUUGAGAAUGUAAAGAAACAAAUAAACAAACAGCCUGGAAUAGAAGCAGACGACCACAGGUGAUGACCGUUUGAAUAAAUUCUUUGUCGAUGAAUGGAUUCGGCUGAUACAUGACCACUCCUCAUGGUGCCAGCCGUUUGUCUGCGAGGGCUAUUGGUCUCCAAGUGGCCUCAUUCUACCAUUGGUAGAGCCAUGAGAUCGUUACUAUGAUUGGUCAGCUUUAGCCAUAAGAUCGCUGAGCCCUAGGAUAAUUUCAUUUGUCAGCUAGAGCCCUAGGAUAAUUUCAUUGGUCAGCUAGAGCCCUAGGAUAAUUUAAUUGGUCCGCUACAGCCGUAUGACCCCCGUUACGGGUCAGCUAAAGCCCUCAGAUGACCCCUAUCACUGGCCAGCUAGAGCCCUAAGAUCGCCACUAUGAUUGGUCAGAUAGAGUCCUAAGAUCGCCACUGUGAUUGGUCAGUUAGAGCCCUAAGAUCGCCACUGUGAUUGGUCAGUUAGAGCCCUCAGAUCGCUACUGUGAUUGGUCAGUUAGAGCCCUAAGAUCGCCACUGUGAUUGGUCAGUUAGAGCCCUAAGAUCGCCACUGUGAUUGGUCAGUUAGAGCCCUCAGAUCGCCACUGUGAUUGGUCAGUUAGAGCCCUAAGAUCGCUACUGUGAUUGGUCAGCUAGAGCCCUAAGAUCGCUACUGUGAUUGGUCAGUUAGAGCCCUAAGAUCGCCACUGUGAUUGGUCAGCUAGAGCCCUAAGAUCGCCACUGUGAUUGGUCAGUUAGAGCCCUAAGAUCGCCACUGUCAUUGGUCAGCUAGAGCCCUAAGAUCGCCUCUCUACCAUGUCUGCCCCUCCCUCCCAGCGUGUAGCUAGAGCCGCCAUUGCCGUCUACCUACUGGUCUUCACGCUCUCAACAAUCAACUCCGUCCCCACCCCCAACAACGUCACUUCCGACCCCACCCCCAACAACGUUACACCCGUCCCCAUCCGUAGAAACACCACCCUCUUCCCCAACCCCAACAACAUCAAAUCCGUCCCCACGGCCCGACACCCGGGCUCUAUGAAAUGCCAGAAGUUCAACACCACCGCCAACAUCUCCAUCGAGGACAUGAAACCCAUCACCAUCACCAUGGCGCUCAUCGCGGGGGUCGGCAUGCGAGGGGACGGGAUGAUCUACGGCGGCACCUUCAUGUUGGCACUGGACGAGCUGAAGCAACAGGCCAAUGCCAGUAAACUUCCGGUCACCUUCGACUACAUCUUGAGCAACGUCAGCAACAUGGAAGUGGAGACCAUCAACCGGAUGUUGGAGCUGGGCUGCAAGAAGAACGUCUCGGUCUUCAUCGGACCUCAGGGGUUCUGUAAGACCGCCGGCAUCGUCGCCACGUCCAUGUCCAAGCCGUACAUCGGAUAUGGUUGCGAGGAGUCAGUCAUGCAGAGCGGCAACCUGCUGUACAUCCACACCAAGUCCAGCAUCCUGCACGUCGCCAAGUAUGUCGUGUCCGUCAUGACGCACUUCAAGUGGACAUCCUUCUGGCUGGUCAGGGGCAAUAGCAUCAUCUACACGGAGACCGCUGAUAGGAUAGAACAUUUAGUUGCUGAUAUGAACAUUACGAUGAAAGACCAGUCCGUGGCCGAAGAGAACGACGAAUACAUCCCAGCCAUGUUCUUCCAGACGUCGAAGUACAGAAAAAUUAUCGAAGAGUCCAGGAGAGAAACCAGAGUGUAUGUAUACCUGGGGAGCCCCGGAAGCCUAAUGCAUUUCCUAAUGGAGCUGAGUAACGUCUCGGAAUCCGGAGAGUAUGUCGUGUUGGCGGUUUCCGACUCGGAACUGCCGGAGCCAUUUUACAAGUUACUGUUUUAUGCAUAUACAUGA